AUGAAGGUUCUUGGUUAUCUCAAAUAUUUUUUGGGCAUUGAAGUUCCCCGUAGCUCCUCCGGAUUGUUCUUGUGUCAACGAAAGUAUACUCUUGAUAUUAUUUCUAAGCCAGGGUUGUUAUGUGCUAAGCCAUGUGGGUUUCCCAUUGAGCAUAACCACAGACUUAGGCUUGCAGACGCCCCUCGCAUUGAACAUUGGGAAGUUGCGCUACGAGUUGUUCGCUACUUGAAGGGUACACAGGGCCAAGGGAUCCUUCUACGUGUCGAUAUCGACCUGUCCCUAGCAGGAUGGUAUGAUUCUGAUUGGGCUGCAUGCCCUAUUACUCGUCGCUCUCUCACAUUUAAAUGGUCGAGUUCCUAUGAGGAACUAGGAAUAGCUGCUGGAGUUCCUGGGUUGGAUACAGUAAAGGCUAAAGCACCAAGGGUCAACAAAAUAGAAACAAAUCCACCUGCAAUCAUGUGA